AUGGAGGAAAUCAACACGACACCGCUACACCCACCAACACAUCACCCAGAGGACAACACGACACAGCUACACCCACCAACACAUCACCCAGAGGACAACACGACACCGCUACACCCACCAACACAUCACCCAGAGGACAACACGACACAGCUACACCCACCAACACAUCACCCAGAGGACAACACGACACCGCUACACCCACCAACACAUCACCCAGAGGACAACACGACACAGCUACACCCACCAACACAUCACCCAGAGGACAACACGACACCGCUACACCCACCAACACAUCACCCAGAGGACAACACGACACAGCUACACCCACCAACACAUCACCCAGAGGACAACACGACACCGCUACACCCACCAACACAUCACCCAGAGGACAACACGACACAGCUACACCCACCAACACAUCACCCAGAGGACAACACGACACCGCUACACCCACCAACACAUCACCCAGAGGACAACACGACACAGCUACACCCACCAACACAUCACCCAGAGGACAACACGACACCGCUACACCCACCAACACAUCACCCAGAGGACAACACGACACAGCUACACCCACCAACACAUCACCCAGAGGACAACACGACACCGCUACACCCACCAACACAUCACCCAGAGGACAACACGACACCGCUACACCCACCAACACAUCACCCAGAGGACAACACGACCACUAGCUAG